AUGAUACAAAUCGGAUAAAAAACAAUUUAAAUAUGGUUGGUUAGACAUGGAUAAACUGAAGGAAACAAAUUAUAGAUUUUAUAAGGAUAAGAUGAUGGACAAUUAUCUGCUUUAGGAAUUAAAUAAGCAGAAGCUUUAGGUAAAAGAAUUAAAAAGGAAAAUUUUGAUGUGGUUUAUGUGAGUGACUUAGCAAGAACAAAAUAAACAUUUGAAUUGAUUUAGAAGCACCAUACCAAAUAGAUGAUGCCAAAUUUUGAACCACUUUUGAGAGAAAAGCAUGCAGGUAUAAAUUAAUAUUAUAAUUGGGUGUUUUGUAAGGAUAAAGUUUAGCAAUGCCUAAAAAAUUAGCUGCAGAAUAAGGAGUUGAUAUUAGAGAAUUUAAACCUGAUUAAGGAGAAUCUUGGAUUGAUGUUAAUAAUCGAGCCUAAUAAAUGCUUUAAUUAAUUAUCCAAAGAUGUAGUGAUUUGAAAUAAAAUAAUAUCACAGUACUUUUAGUUACUCAUGGAGGGUAUCUAUUAUAUAAUAUAAUUAGAUUUAUUAUGGAAUUUAUGAAUUAGAUUAAUUAUAUGAUCAAUAAAAAACAGCCAGUUUAUAAUAAUUGUGCUUUAAAUUGCUCAAUUACUAUUGUAAAAUACAUUUUACCAAAAGGAGAAGUCAAAAUAGUGACUUAGAAUGAUGCUUCACAUAUUCAAAAGCUAUGA